AUGUCUUCAGACCUGUUCGCUGCCUUUGGUGAGGAGCCACCUCAGAUCGCCCGAAUCUCUUCUCCUGAUGCGAGAUCGACCAGUCCUCAGGCAUCCGCAACUUCGUGUCACACGAUACUAUCUAAGGAGAGUACGAUACAGAACGAUGCUGGGCUUCAGGCGGCAACCACAAGCACGCCUGACGCGUUUGAUGACGAUGAUUUUGGUGACUUUGAAGACGCCGGCGACGUCUCUUUUGCCUCGACAAAUACCGAUGCCACCGAAGGCGCCACUCACAUUCCUGGAAAUCCGGCCGCUUCGUAUCUCAUGCCUGACGAGCCAGAGGUAGUGUUCCCUCCUAAAGCACAGAAAAGGCCGAAUUCCCCACCGCCGGAAGACUCAAAGGUCGGCAAGCAUCCUUUUGCAGGCCACAUGGAUUUUCUAUUCGAGGCUGGGGAUGACGAAUAUGAUGCUGGGCAAGAUGAUCUUGCAAAUCUCGCCAACGACCCAGAGGCAGCUAUGGCAUAUUCGAAGCGGAUCAUUGCCGAGCAGGAAGCGCGCUUGCAGAGAGAGCAGGAGAAGUUAAAUAGUGCAAGCUUACGAUCGAAUGCCGCCACAGCUCAAUCGAAACCUGCUCAAGUACUAUCGACACAGCCUCAGCCUUCAGCUAAAGCAACCAGACCAGGAGCAGCUAAGUUGGCAAUGACUGCAUCGAUAUCACCGGUACAAGCGAGACCAACUCAGACACCUGUACAUAACAAGCUUCGAAAGAAGUCCGGCUAUGCUCCUGCCAAGGACCCAAAUGUGCUCUUCGAUGCUGAGCAUGUCUCUGACGAUGAGAGCGACAACGACGAUUUCGGAGACUUUGAGGAUCCAACGACGCCCGGCGUAGAAGUGACAUUGCCAUCUGAGCCUGCUCCUGCACCGAAUUCAUCUUUACCACAGAUCGACCUGCUUGGACUUGAUGAGCCUCCUGCGCAGACCAGCAGGGUGAGAAGUGCUUCGAUCCGAAAGGCAAACUCCUUGCUCGGCCAACCGAAGCAUCAUAAGUCAUCGAGCCUAGCGAACGUGGCAAGUCUGAUGGCAGAGGACAAUCCAUGGGAUGAUUUCGAGACACAAAGUGCUGCCAUAGCGGCACCCUCAUCUGUCCAGUCUGAGCAUGCCCAAGCUCAAGAAGAUCCAUGGGACGACUUCAAGACGUCGAGUACAGCAUCAGCCGAGAAGCCAUUCACAGACCUGGAUGAUGCAACCACGCCGCAGCCUAUACAACAGUCGUUCACUCAAAGCCAACAAGCGACUGAGUCGACAGUACCUCCGACAAACAUUCCACCACCAGCACUACUGCUGUCACUGUUCGCCUCGCUAUUCGCAUCUGCCAAUGACACCCUCUUUACGCCGCUAUCUCGCCUCGACUCUACUCAACGAAGCCAACUCGUAUCCCAUCCUGCCACUCACACGUUCUUGCGGAACAUUGUACAGGACGCAGUAGUACUAGCGCAUAUCAUCGCAGGCCGCAAAUUGAGGUGGAAGCGUGAUCAGAUUCUUGCCCAAAGCAUGCGAAUAGGCCAGGCAGGCAUGGGUGGCAAAAGCGGAAUGAAACUUUCCUCGAUCGGCAAAGGCGAGGCUGUACAAGAAGAGCGAGAAGUGACAGAUGCUGUCAGACUGUGGAAGAACAACGUAGGCAAGAUUCGGGGCGCAAUCACGAGCACGAAGACGGCCGCACCGGCUGUGAAAAUUCCUGCGUUGCCUGAAGUGGCUGAGACGAUGCCAAUCAAGACGUUGAAGAGUAUAGAGGGAGGCUUCGCCGCGCCGCAUGCUUGUGCACUCUGUGGUUUGAAGCGUGAGGAGAGGGCCGCGAAGGUUGACGUCGAUGUCGAUGACAGCUUUGGAGAGUGGUGGGUACAGGGGAUGGAUAUGCAUGUCAACUGUCGGAGAUGGUGGAACAGUAACAAGUCGAAGCUGAAGUCACGGUAG